GACAUUACAAAAGAUAAAAGACUAAAACAUGAAAUUAUCGCCUAUUGUGAAACAUAAACCGAACAAACAUUUUCGUAUUGUCAAGCGAAUCAAUUUGUUUACCCGUAGGUGACAGCUAAGACCUAAAUAAAGCUACUGGUAUCACGUGACUGUAUUGGAAUUUCUCAUUGGUUUACUGGCUAUGUAUGGAGGCCAUGUUGUAAUUCAUGUAUAUUGACGUUAAAACAUUGGUUUUCGUUUCGGAAUAUGGUUGAGUGAGGUUUUAGAGUGAUUAAAUGAAAUUAAGGUGCUCGAUAAGGAAUUAUACUCCAAAUUUGUGAUAAAUCAGUGGAAAAUGGAGAUAUUGUAUCGAUUAAGUUGCUCUUGGGAUUACGUGAACAAAUAAGGAAUGCCGUAAAUGGUGAUAAUUGAAUCAGGUGUGCUCGCUUGUGUUUACAUAUCAUCGUUGGAUAGAUAGAUACAUACCAGGAUGGAUAGGCUCCCGACGGGCGGCGGGAUGUCAGGGGGAGCUGCUCCCGACGGCGCGUUUGAAAGAUUUUUAACCGCUGCUAUUGCAACUAUUAUUACUAUAAUGUUUUCAUGGAGGUUGCUGGCAGAGGAGGAGGAGGCUAGGGGUGGGGGUCAAGGGGCCUGGGGGACUCAAAAUCAGUUAAAUUUUCCAAUCUCAGCAAAUAUAAAUACCAAAAAACCGCCUCCCGGUAAUCAACGAAAAAAAUCGUCUGCUUCAGCACAAAAUGUACAGCCGAGAAUACAAGACAUCGAUAUCAGCGAUGAUGAAACUAUGGCCGGCUCUUUUGUCGAUCCUGCUUUAGAAAUAAGGUCACCAACAAAUAUUGAUCAAAAUGAGCAAGAAUUAGUGCUAUAUGACCAUCAUUCACCAAUCCAUACACAACAGCUCGAGGCAACAAACGCGAUGCAAACAGAAGCUAAUUUGUCGUAUGUUUCAACACCAGACGACAGUUUGACAGUCGACACUUUGACCACUUGGGAUGAAUAUAAAUGGGAGGACGACGCCGGGGAUGAAGAUCAGUAUGUAAUUAAAACCAGACGAAAUGUCCGGGACUUCCUUUCCCCAAACUCUAAGUCUUCGAAUAGUUCAUUAAACCAGUCAGACCCGAAUGAAUCUGGGGCACAAUUAAAUGAAACCCACUUAGAUCUUAUGUCUGCCGCUAAUGUUGAAGUUCAAAGCAGCCCUUCCGUACCGUUUUCACAGAGAUUUGCAAAUUUUGAAUAUAAGGACACGGGGGGUGAUAGUGGGUAUAUUGACCUAUAUCCGGAUAUUGAGAGUGAUUCGGACAAUACCGAUUCCAGUGACGAUGAACGAGCUUAUGACAUCCAGGUCUCUGAUUCGGAUUCGGAUGACGAGAGGGAAGCGGGGUCAUUCUAUGGGGUCACUUCGUUAGACACAAUUAUGGAGGAAUAUGAAAGUGACGUCAGCGAGAGUGAUGACGUCAUCGGAAGCUGUGAUAAAGAGGAGGGGUCGAAAUAUGCGGGUGAUAGUAGAAAUGUCUGUGAUAAAAACAAUGAAACUUCAGGUGAAAGUUAUGAUACAGGAGCACAUUUUGAUAGCAAGAAUGUGGGUGAAAAUCUACAUGACAUUCCACAGUCUGAUGUAAACACCGAAAGUCCUGAUAUUGAAAAUAACAGAUCUUUAUCAUUAAAUAAGGCAUUGUUAAACUUUGAGCAAAAUUUGAAAGAAUGUGAUCUAGAUAACAGUCACGAUGAUCAAAUUACAGAGUCGAGUAUAUUACAAACUGAAUCUACGCAAAAUGCAAUAUGUCAGCCUCUACAAAACGAAACGACAUUGAAAUGCACUGAAGCGAACACGGUUGAAUGUAAUUUAUCGCUUGAUAAAACACACCAUUUUGACAUGAACACUACUUUAAUGCAAUCUCGUAAAGAAUGUGACAUGAAUGUAAAUGAGGCGGGUGAAGAAAAAAUAUCCCCCGGUGACAAUGAAUUAACUCCCAUGAAAAAUGACCCGGAUUUUGGCAAUAAAAGCGAUCCUAAUCUGCUUAAGGCAGAUUUUUCGCAUAUAAGCACACAAAAUAACAAUAACAAACCAGAAUUUAAGAAAUUAAAUAUUCCCGAAGAUGAUUACAAAAUUUCAGAAAUAUCAGACGACAGUUUGCCGCCAUCUCCAAUUCGCACAUGCGCACUGGACCAUUUAAUUGACACAUUUUCGGAUACGGAGUCUUGCAGCAGCGAAUCUGUAAUUACGGUUUUAAGCGUAAAAUCAAACGAUAGUGAAAAUCGCAAUAUGGACAAAUACCACUAUUAUCCUGUCGAUAAAAAAGACCAGGCCCGAGGCGAUAGUGAUUUAUCAUCAUUAAUUGAUUCAAAAUCAGAAACAAGCAGUAAAUACGACAAUUUCUCAUUAGUUAGUGGUUUUCUUAAUGACAGCCUGAAUAGUCUAUUGAGUGCAAAUACUGGGUCACACGAAAGCGAAACCGAAAGCAGCUCCGACAAGGAACAAUCGGGUCAUGAAUCGAGUGACCUUGACAAUGCUGGAACACUUUUAGACGGACUGAAUGGUAAAGUCGCAAGUGACGAUUCUGAAAUAAGCUCCCAAGAAUCUUUACCCAAUGCACAAGCCCAUGGGCAAGAUGUUCAAAUUUGUGAUGAAGCUGCGGUUAUGAAUGGGCAUACCACAAGUUCUGAUUCAUUGGUCAACCCUCAAGAUCAGGGUCAUGGUCACGAUGAAUUUGAUGGAAAUGACGGUCACGCUGAUUCCGACGGCGCUUCGUCGGAUAGCUCCGACCCUCCGUUGCGGGAGUACGACCCAAGAGACGAUGAUUUGGCGGAAUACCAUUUCGAUUCCGACGAGGACUCUUUCUUCUUAGUCUGCGAUCACAACGCCGUCGAUGAAGACGACGACGACCAUGAUGAUGGAAAAUUGAGGAACUUUGAGACAUUCACGAAUCUUAACUCUGUCGGCCUCUCGCGGGAAUACGGGGAUGCAUUUACUUCCCAUACCGUUGCCGACGACGCUAGUGGGUUCACGUUUUCGCGGACGGAAGAUGUUAGCACCGAGUUCCGACGGCGCGGUUAUUUCACAGAGAGGGGAAACCUGUCAGAUUCAGACGCAAGAAGUGACGAGCCAAUUUCUCCUGUUGUUUCAGAGGACGAAGAAAAUAAACAGACGCGUGAAAGCAAUCCAAUUAUUGAACCAAAGACGAGCGUGCAACAGAUGGCCGGUACACGUAUUUCCGAUUCUUACAAAGAUGCUGAAAUAUCGAUUACCGGAAAUGAUGAAAAAAUGGCGGACGAUCAGCAACUUUCUACAAGAGAGCCAAUAGAUUUUAGGAAAUAUAUUAUUCAGACCGAUUUAAGCCCAAUAUCCGAACAUGUUCCAUUUACUGAAGAAAUGAACUUUGAGCACUCGCCACGCGACCAAGAACAAUCCACGUCGAUCAAUGGAGAAAGCUUAGAGUCCAAUAAAAGCGGUAAUCAAAAAUCCGAAAUCGAUGCCGCAGGUGAUAAAAGUGACACUUUGGGUAAGAAAGAUUUGAAUAAUUCAGACAAUAGCCUUCCUGGUGUUGAGACAUUCAGUAGCCUAACAGAACAAAUAAAGCACUUGACAGAAAGUGACGAUAGACUAGAGUUGGAAUUUCAAUCUUCGGAAGGUGUUGUAAAUUCGGAUAAUUCUAAUUUCGGACAAACUCGCAGUGACAGCUUUCAAAAUAGUUUAAAAGAGAACGAGGAUGUACUGCAAAGUUCAAAUACGAAAGAGACAUUAAUUGAUGACAUAGUUGGUGACGUCAGAAACGAGCGUGUGUCAGAGCAAUUAGUUGAACAUUUUGAAACGGACUUAGAUGAUGUAAGUGAAGUUAAACGUGAUUUGCCGGACGUUGUUCCAAGUGAAAGCAAAACCAUUGAAACUGCAAUAAGUAAACCAAGGACUAAUUCAAGAAAAUUGUAUCAAAGAAAAUUAAGGUCGACGCCGACUAAACCAAGCGUCGAAACAAACAUUGAUGACAUAUUGGAUGAAACACCGUUGAAAAGUCUUGAAAAAGAAAGCACGGCAAAAGUUGAGACAAACAUUGAUGACAUUUUUGAUGAUCACGUGACACCAGUAAUCACUGCGCAUGUCCGAGCGUCGCCAUUAAAACAAACACAAUCGCCAAGAAAAGAAACAAAUAUCGACGACAUUUUAGCGGAAGUAUCAAAUACUAAUCGAGAAACGUCCGUUGACGAUAUUGUAAUAGAAAAUUAUGAACAUGAUGACGUCAAAAGAGGUGACGUCAGAGCAGAGAAGACGCCAUUGACAUAUGAGACAUUUAUUGACGAUUUGUUAGAAAACCCUGAUCAAGUAUCUAGUCAAUCACAUGUGUUUUCGUCGGAAAGUGCAAUAGAACCCGGACUCGCUGAGAUUUCGGAUACACUGCCAGUAAUUAUUGAAAAAGGUGUUCAUGUAGAAAAUAACAAUAAACUGGAGCAAAGUCCUUCACAUUGUUUGAACAAUACAGACUUUAAAUCUAGAGACAGCUUAAAACAAAACUUAGAAAGAAAUGUGACGGACAGUUUAUCUAACAUCGAGAUAUCUGAAAUCGAUAAAGAUAAAGAUAAAGAUACUCAAGAUUACAAAGAAAAUGGACAAAACAAUGCUUUAUUGAAUUCAGCAACGAUUACCAGUAAUUAUCCAAAAUCCCAUGAUGGACUUGAAAAUUCCAAUACACAGCACAAUGUUUUUGAAAGAAACUUGCAAGAUGACAAUUAUGUAGAAAAUGAAAAUUCUCAAAGAACUGAGUAUGAAAAGAAAGACAAUGCCUUCGAAGAUUCGUAUACCUAUGAUAAUUUAAAUACAAACAGUGGACAAUUAUCACGCGGUGCUUUAAACAUUGAACAAUCAGGAUUACAAUACGACGGUAGCAAUGUGACAUUGCCAAAAACUGAAAAAUUGAAUAAUAGUCGAAAUAGUUCUGAAAUUGGACAAACUCCAGAGAACAAUGAUAGAUAUAGAGAUAAUGAUGUUGGCAUUUCGUUAGAGGAAUCUACCCUGCCACUUGAAGAUCGUCUGAAAAACACUGCAGACGUGAAUAGCCAAGAUGGACUUAAUUUUGGUGAUAUAGUUUUAACAAUUAACGAUGAAAAUGUGAACGAAAAUGAAAACGACUUGAAGAUUGUCGAACAAAGUGAAUGUUCCAGUAACGCUGAAAGUUCUAAUUUGAGUUCUGAAGGACUGUUAGAUUCAAUUGGUUCUUCCUCACCGAGUGGAUUUUCAGACGACGAGUCGUUAAGUAGCCUUGAGGAGAGCUAUCAUAGUUUGCAGGAAAGUUACAGCCUGCGUGCACGCGUACAUAGCGAAUCUUCUUUAGGAAGAGUGGUUAGAACUCCAUUAACGAAACCAUCAGACUUUUAUAAUCCGAGGAGCCAGGAAAUUAAAGGCCCAAGGUCGAGUGUGAAGCGAAGAAUACAGAAACAGCAACUUAAGAAGUAUUCUUCAGUGUUAACGCAGCCUAUUACGCCAGAAAAAGUUCACGUUGUUGUUGAAUUACCAGAUAGACAUACGUCCGUUACGCGUUUAAAAGUGUUGAAGUCAAGAGAACGUUUUCUUAGUUCAGAAAAUCUAUCCCCGUCUGGAAAUACCUUUGAUGACAAGUUUUUGCAACAUCGGACGUCACUGCUGACGUCAACGCCUAGAAAAUACAUAAAACGUCACGAGCGUGAGUUGCAGUCGACGGAGAGCCUGCCGACCGAGAUGUCGCUUUGGAACGCCACCUACGGGAGCAAUUCAAGCAUGGAGCAUGUUCAUUCGCUUCCCCUCCCUUCGCCGCGAAAUCUUGAAGAGUUGUAUAAUUCGCGUUACAGUAGUGCGAACUCGAGUUUCGAACGCGGCGAAUUUGACAAAUUGCAUGCGAACUGUAUGUUUUCACCCGCAAAACGUGAAGAAAUCCGUCACACGACAAAUUCUCUCGAAAAUAUGUUCGAACAAUUACUGCGAUAUGGCUCCGUAUCAUCCGUGGUAGAAACUGACUUAGACGCUGACGUCAAUUAUGACUAUGACGUCAGCACGCAUGCGCAGUCCUUUCAAGAUCCGUUUGUUUCGUUUCAGUACCCUCUGGAAAGGGCUGCAAGCAUGAGUGCUCUAGUUGGGACAGGAGAGAUGGAACGGUUGCCUAGGAAACCGGGGAAAGGCCGGUUUGCAAACAGGCAUGUGUCUAAAUCGAAGAGUCUACAGACGUUGGAAACGAAUCUGGACGACGUUUUCGCCGACGAGUUGGAACAACCAGGGGAGCUGAAGAAGACCCCCUCCGUUCACGAACUCAGGGUUUCGAACUCUCUUUCGAAGUUACAUGUACCCGAUUGGUUUAGGAAAUCGUCCUUCUCUCGUAGUGGUAGUACUCAGAGUCUAUUCACUUACGCAGGUAGACAAGGCUCGACGUCGACGAUAGGAUCAUGCGCGUACCCACCUAGUAUUACGUCAUCCCCCUCCCCCUCCGUUACCCCGUGUUCAAACACCGUCAUCAUUCAAAAACGCGUCACCCCAAAUCAAACGACACCCUCGUCCGCGCGGUUAAGACGACCCCCUAUGCUUCCCGUGACCCCAGAACGCGCCCCUAUUCAUAACACCCCGGCCCCUUCCACGCUCCCUAGUGAUAAAUACAGGAAAAGGGAAAGUAAAACGCUGAAGCCGAUUACAAUUGUGCCAUUUGCGAAGAUACGGGAAAUGUUUGAAAGGAAGUCGCAAGAGGAUGCUAAGAUGAAAUCUCCUGUAACGAGCCCUACCAAGGAAAAACCGCCACCGCAUAAAGUGAGAUUCGAACCGACUACGCCUACUAAAGAGACAGUUAUAAGUAUCGAAGCACAGCCUGUAAAUGGUCACAAACCUGUUCAAAAUGAAAGAACUGUAUCUCCCCCACCCCCACUCCCUGAUAGAAAGCCAAUUUUAGCAGAUUCAAAUAGGAAUAGUGAAAGCGCCCCUCCGCCCAAAAAAGCGCAGGUGCAUUUCUCAGAUGAGCCCCAACAAGUGAGUAAAUCCCAAGAGCAAAAAGUUGAAUCAAAGCGCCAAAAUGGAGCAACUCCGAGCACUUUGAAUAAUAAUAAUACAAAACCGAGUACGAGCACUGUUAAAAAGUCUGGUUUCCGGGCCUCCUUGCCCCUGCCUCAAUUUAGGUUUAGAAGGCCCGGCCCCUUUGCCACAAAAGUAACAUCAACAACAUCAUCAACAACCAGUGCACAAGAUUCUAGCACGAAAAGUAAAAAAGAAACGACGGUAUAGCAGCAUCUUGGAGAAUGGCUUCGCUGAGCAAAUGGACGAGCUACAAGACAAAGGAGUGACCUUCAGCUUCCCUGUAAUGGCGAUUAGUAGCCAUGGCAACCAUUCCAUUAACGGUGAUGCGCGCGCAGAUGGAUCACGUGAUUUGAAAGUGGUUCUCACAAACGCUUGCAGUUAUAAUGCUCAGAACGGCCAUGUUCAUGACAAGCUUCGCAGUGAUAGGUCUGUUGAUGAAAUUCUAGACGGAUUACUUUUGCUUGAUGGACAUAGAACCGGAAGAAUGAAAAUGGACGAAAAUGGCCGAAUAGUUCCGAAAAUUGCCGAAGAUUUUACUUUAACCCCAGAUACCCCUCCAGGGUAUCAAAUCGCGCAAAUGUACCCGGAUUACCAUGAUUCUGUGGAUUAUAGUGAAAACUAUUCAGGUGAGAAUGAUAUUCAGUCGGAAUAUGUGUUAGUCAGGUGCGAAAACCCUCAGUGCCAACGUGAAACUAAUCUUAAGGAAGCCAGGAAAUUCUUUAAAACUUGUCAUAGUUGUGUGACUUACUAUUGCAGCCGAACUUGUCGCAAAAUUAAUUGGUCGCCUCAUAAACUUGUAUGCAUCUAUAGCAGGAUUAACAGUGCGUGUAAGCAUGUGAUUAAACAUAUAAACAAGCAUCCUCAUCUUCAGUAUCAAUGUUCAAGAAUCGCGCGUCGUGGGUACCUCUCCCAAGGCAGAGGGUGUGUUGUGAUCGCGUUUCCGGAUAUAAGCUCCGCGGAAGACUUCAUGAAUUACGGAUUUGACUGUUUAUGGGUUCCGCCGGUUUACAUCUCGCUAAGAGAACUUCCAAAUGCGACAAUGUUGGGUUCCAAAUUAGGAAUAUUGACUGACACGUGUAAACAAUACAACCCAGAACUGAAAUACGUGGUUCAGGUGGCCAUAGUGAUACCGCCUGAGUUACCACAAAGACCAGUCCCGCGGAGAAUGGAUUCUAUUAUUCAAAAAUGUGCGAAACUCAGGUUGAGUCCAGCCCAUAUGCAUCCGAAACAGGAAGAAACUGACGUUCCGUCGACGUUGAUUCUCACCGCCGUGCCUGGAAAUCAGCACGCAGACGACAUCGAUGGACGAAAAACGCGGGAACUGUGUUUUGUAAACAUUCAACGGAAGUUACGUAAUCGCGGUGUGAGUUUACGUCAUAAAUUUCCGGAAGUGUACAAUAAACUGAUAGAUUUCGUGUCGGACGCGAGGCACUUCAGUCCUUUGAUCAUUUACCCAGCCGACAGUCGUACCGGAAAGAAAUUUAUGUGCGUAAUCAUGCCGGAAUCAGAACCGGAAAUUGAAUGGAUUAGGGACCCGGAUUUAUUUCACGAAUUAGACGUCUUUGAUGACGACGACGCCGAUAUGAGUACCCCAAACCAUUCGACACAGUACCUCCAUGAAAUCAUGCUUUAGAAGACCCCUUUCCCUGAAAUUGAAAACAAUUGGCACCUUUUCUGAACCUCUUACCAUUCUUUUCUAACUAAACCGACAUAUCAAGAUGGUACUUCUCCUGAUAAUUCUUUCAACGUUUCGGCCUGAGUUGAAACCUUCUAGGACGCUGUCUUUACGUCUUUCUGAAAGGUCUCAGUUCCAAAACAUUUAACACCAGGAGAUAAAUAAUUAAUAAUGAACCGUGACUUUAACUCAGUCCUUUAAUUUAAAACUUACAAGAAAUAAUUGUCCAUCUAAUAUUGGAGUAUAUUGGCCUCAUAGGUGCUUUUCUGCUUAGGUUAUGGUCCUAAGAAAUAUUCAAUCCUCAUUCUCCCUUAUAUUAAAUUCCUUGGCUUUAAUUUAUCUGCAUUAAAAAUUGUUGGCCUCAACGUCUAUUUUUGCUUCACGUGAUAUGCCCCAUGCAGCUAACAAUACAAUCUCUUAAAUCUCUGUAACGAUAUAUAAUGAUAAAAUCAGAAACUCAUUUUGUUUAAACUAUAUAAAUAUCUUCAACUUAAAUGCGUAAUUAAACAAAUGUGUUCAAAAUGACCUUAAAUUAUUUCUAAUUCUAGUACUAAUCAGGAACAACAUGACAAACCAACACUUCCUCUACGUAGCCCGGGUUCUUAAUCAAGAAUCAAUCAUUUUGCUUGGUAUUAACCAUACUUUUAAAGUCAUUUCGAAGGGGCAAAUUUGUCACUUAUCUUAGGAGUGAAAUUGUCACUUAGGAGAGAUUUUGUCACCUAGAAGAGACUUUUUAACAAAGCAGUUGUAGUGCCUUAAGUCUUUCAUAGUCACAAAGUCGCUCCUAAGAUUCGUGAUAAAAUCCCCCCCCCCUCUGCCUUUUUAUAAGCUUUCCUAAAACGCUUAUCCAUUAUUCCAUAUGAUUGAGCUAAUACUGUUUAACAGCACUGAGGCUGGUUCAUAAAACAUCUUAAGUCUUUUCCUAACUUAAGUCGAUUACUUAAAUUUUUCAUAGUCAUCUUAUAGCAUUGAAUGUAUAAGUUCGUUUAAUUUGAAAGUAUUUAUAAUGCAGCUUAAGUCUCUUCCCAAAAUAAGUCGAUUUCUUAAUUUUAAUUUUUCAUAGUCAUCUUAAAGCAAAGUAUAAUUGCGUUUAACAUUGAAGUAGGUUUUUCAAUAAGGUCAACGAAAAUAAUAUAUUUAAGAUAUUAUACGUUUUUAUAUCUUAUGACCAGAGAGAUAAAUGAAGUUAAUAUUAUUAUUAUUAUUAUUAUUAUUAUUAUUAUUAUUAUUAUUAUUAUUAUUAUUAUUAAUAAAUUAUUAUUAUUAUUAUUAUUAUUAUUAUUAUUAUUAUUAUUAUUAUUGUUAUACUUAAGUGACUUAAGUUAGGAAAGUGACUUAAGUUAGAAAAGUGACUUAAGUUAGAAAAGUGACUUAAGUUAGAAAAGUGACUUAAGUUAGAAAAGUGACUUAAGUUAGGAAAUAAAUUAUGAUGUUUUACGAAUUCCAGCCCUUAAACUUAAUGCUGUAUCUUGGUAGUUGAAAUUGUGUAUAAACAGUAUUGUUUUAAUUACAACUUCUUUUUCAGAGCCUAGCUUAAUGUGUUCACUGUACAUGUUUUUAUUUCUUUUUAUUUUAGAUAUAUGAUCUAUUUCACUUCCAUUCUAUCUUUGCCAGGCCUCACUUCCUCGAAAAAUCUUAAUUUAUGCGUAACAGGUUUAAAAAACAUAUUUCAUGUAAUCAAAUUCCUUGCUUAAACUGCGUUUUAUAAGUCAAAACAUCGUUUAUCCGUUUUACCUUAACAUUUGCUUUAAACAUCUUUAAGAGGAGAAAAUUACACAAUAUAUACAAAACAAAAACAGUGAGCUUAACUUUAUUUCUGUUAUAAGGAAAUUAACGGUUUCGAAAAUUUGAGGUCUGGUGUAUUUUAAUUGUACUAAUUGCAUACUCAGCUUUUGUCAGACCACUUUUGGUUAAUUAUUCAUACAUUUACUUCAGAAACAGACAAGUGAAAUGUGUUAAACAGUAUACAUAUUACUGUCUGACAAGCUAUGUAUAAACCAUGACUAAAGUUUUUUUGCCUUCAUAUUUUGUCAUUCGAAACAUUUUUGUAAAAUGAUAGUCGUUAUAUACUCCAAAUAUUUACUCCAAAUAUUUUGACGAUACCAUUUUGUGCACGAAUAUUCUUGGAAGUAAUUUUGUUUCAUGAAAUUCAAGAUAUUAUUUUGUUAACCAGGAUCAAAAUUCAUGCCCGAAUUUCACGUAUGAAUAGAUUAAUUCGUAUAACAUUUCACUAUACAAGAUACUAGAUGCAAUAAUCUGUAUUUAAAGUCCGUAAUAUGCUUACAAGAAACAUAAGCUCAAUGAGAUAUUUUCCGACUAUGAAUAAAUGUUAACAAAACAAAGGGAAACUUAAAUUGUCUCUUAUACAUAAAUGUUAAUGUCUUUUACGAAAGUAGCAAUCCCUUUGUUAAUGGUUUUCGACAUUAUUUUCUGAAGUCCAUGUUAAGAUAUAACAAGAUCAUGAUUCCAGGAAAGAUAUCUGGAUUGUUUCGCAAACAAUAGCAUGAAAACGUUGUUUAUUUGCAGAUCUGGAAAGCAAUUCAAGAAUAUUGAUCAGACAUAUGCUUGUAUUGUCUGUCUAUUUGCUUAACUAAGUAUGUUGCCAACUCAUUUCCAUGUAAUCUUUUCCCAGAUUUACUGUCUUUUACGGCUCUUUGCUGAUUGUGCAGAAGAGAAAAGUAAACCUCGUUACAUUUGUUUAUGAAAUUGUUGUUUACUGUAUUUGACAAAGUUCACAUUUUCUAUAUGGAAUGUAAUAAUCUUAUUCAGUUUGUUGUUUAAUUGAUAAUAUGUAAGUCAAUGGUUUAAUCAAGGCGGUUAAUGUUGAAUUGUUAUAUGUUUUUACUUAAAAAUAUAAUAGGUUUUUUGUACAGUUAUAAAUCUAUUUUUGAUUAAUUAAUUACACUUAAUAAUUUUGUUAGAGUUGCAAUUUUGUUUGUUCAAAAAGUUGCAAAAAUAUUGAUCCUUUUUUAUUUUCAAUUAGUAGAAUAUGUUAUAGAAAGUAAAGGCUUCAUAAAACGUCGACAUACUUGACCCUACACAUUCUUUUUGGAGACUUAAUUAGGAUCUAAAUACCAGUAAUGACCAUGUAUUUGACAGUAUACAUAUUUCCUGCGCUAUACCGUCAUGGCAUGUUAUAACACGGUUGUUAUUCAGAUACGAAAACAAAGAUAAUUUAUAAGCUAUUAAAAGAUUUAUUCGUUUUUAAUAUUUCAAAAACAUGUCAUUUUUCCCCUUUUACUUUUUACGUCGUAAAACAAUGUUUUUCUGAAAGUCUAGACUUUUUAAUAUCUUUUAUCAGCCUUUUGAAGAUAACGUUUUUGUUCUAUACCCCCGGGUGUUUAUUUUACUUCCCCUAUUCAAGUGGACAAUACAUCAAAGCCGUUUUGUUUCAAAAUCAUUAACUGUUUAUUUUUCACAUGUACAUACAUUUAUGAUAACAAUCGAUUGUAAAACUCUAAAUGAACUAUACAGAUCUAAUUGUUAUGUAAAAGUUCAAUUAAACAAUAACAUGUAAUCUUUUAGAUAAAAAACACUAAUUGUUUAAUUGCUUUUGAUCGUGUCAUGAAUAUAUAUAAAAUAUAUUAAUCAUAAACUAAUCUUUUUGUUAAAAAAGAUAAAACUUUUGACGAAUCUAGUAAUAGAUAAAACAAAAUGUAUGUACUUAAAAAAAACAAUUGGUUUGAUAUGACACAGUCGCAUAAAUAUUUAUUUUGUUUAAGUACAUACUAACAACCUUUUACUGUUUUAGUGGUCUACAAUAUAUUUUGUAACCUACCACUGCCACUGUUUAUAUCUACCGCUUCACCUGAUUAAAAUCAAUAACGGGUGACUGCCUUUUUAAUGAAAUACGAUAUGUAUUGGCAAAUUUGAAGUUAACUGCCGCCUCAUUGAACAAAAGAUAAUGUUGACCACUAAAUGGUAUUUUAGUAACAUUUAUUAUAUCAUUCAAAGAUGUUAAGUAUCAUGUCUCAAUUGGUAACAAACCACAGAUACGAACAAAAAGGAUUUUAAUGUUUGGCAUGCGAAAUAUUUACGUCUUAACUUUUGCCAAGACUUUGACAGGUUUUUGAUGUUAUCAAUUUUACUACGAGAUUUUUGCGUAGUGACCUUUGUUUCGUUUAUAUACGAAUAUUUAGGUUAGUAAGCAUUUUUGUCAAUGUUUACGAAGUAACAUAAAAAUGCCUUGUUAAAGAUAUUUUAGUAUAAAUCGUAGGAAUACUUAUAUUGAUGGAUACACGGAUAUUUGCUGAAAAGUUUAAACAUAGCAAAAAGUUUGUCAUAUUUUAGAAUUUAAAGUACACAUUCUUAAACCAUUUCGAUAAAAGUAUGAAUGUACAAUUCUUAAGAAAUGGGACUUUCUUUUGAAGUGAUAACGCAAUUAUUUAAAGUUGCAUUAUUAUCAAUAGAAUUUACUACUUGUUUUUUUUUGUAUUGCAUGUAUAAACUUGAAAUCCAAGCAUACUUAAUUUGUCAGAUAGGAACAUGUUUUAAAUGUCUCUUUUCAUGUUUACGUUGUAAAAAAUGUAUCGAUCGCUGUUUUACAAUUAACGUAUUCUAUUUCAUGUUUUGAGUUCUGAUCUGAUGUAAACAUCAUUCUGUUUUUGGCAAAAUGUCAACUUGUUUAUCCUUUAAAAGGUUAAGUGAAUUUUGACAAGGUCGUUUGAGAUUUUGUCAUAAAUCACACAUCUUAAUAUUGUUAUGUCUGUUUCAACUGAGCGAUUUUGUAAUAACUAUUCCAAUAUUCGGUUAAGGUAUGUGGUUAUAUAGCGAGUAUUAAAUUAUUUCAUUAUGCAUUUUAUGUGAGUAAGAUAUUUUACAAAUUAAAUGAUUAAUUCAGUAUGAAUAAUUCGUACAUUUGUUAAAUAUGAUUUCCACAAUUACUUCCCUUAGAUUCUGUGCGUUUCUUACAUAAGAAGAAAGAUAACUCGUAAUGUAUUGUAAAAGAAACAGUAAUUGAGUGGCUUCCCUUAGACCAUUAUUUGUGAGGAAAAUUAUUUUUGCUGUUAAUAGGCAUGAUCGCAUUUUUUAUUGUUUUUAAUGUAAAUGUAUAUAUUUUUGUGUCUUAAUUUAUAUUUUGUUACUUUUAACCUUGCAUGUUUGGGCUACCUAGGUACGAUGUGUUAAUGUUAUGUGAACAAAAUAUCGCCUGUAUCUUCCUGUAUAAAAAAAUGUGUAAAUAGAAAAACGGAACGUGCAUUUAGAAAUGAAUUAACUUAUAUUAUGUCAAAAUGAACUGAUGUUUUACA